AUGGUUGAAACAUUGAUCGAUGUGCAUGGAAAGAACAAAAGAGCGGUUUUGUUACGAGAAUUUCGAAAAUAUUUAGUUCCUGAUAUAGAGAUAAGAAUUAAGGAUGUACAAACGAAGCUAAAUAUGUGGCUCAGUCAAUUAAAAGAUCUAGAUGCGAGAAAAAGUAAGGCGUCAAGCGAACAUAACCUGGAAAGAGAGAUCAGAGACCUUGUUUAUAGACUUCAGAAUGUCCUUGAAACUUAUUUCAACGCGGUACAACCCAGAAGAGACAGAAGCAUAAUUAGAAAAUUCAUUGAUGAUUUCAAAUCCUUCCGGAUGGUUGAUUUAGAGAUUAAGGAAAUCAAUAUGCAGAUAAUGUUAACCAUUACAAAUUUAUAUAUAUCUAAGACAACAGAAGAAAUGAAUCCAGAAACUGAGACCCGAAAAAAGUUGAGGAAAAGCAUCUCCGACGAUCGAGAAAACCAUAUUGUUGGGAUGGAUCACAGACUUGAAGAUCUAAAAUCUGUUCUGCUUGAUGGCAAAGACGGAGUUAUUUGCAUAUGCGGCAUUGGUGGCAUAGGUAAGACCGCACUUGCCCAUAAGUUAUAUGUUGAUCCCUUUGUUCGGUCCCACUUUUACAUUUGUUCUGCGGUAGAAAUUGGCCAGAAAUUUGAAGUAAGAAAUGUUCUUGAAAGUAUUUUAGAACAACUUCCCGAAGGGAAAGAGAGAAUAAAGCAGCCAGAUAAUCAACAGGGUAGCAAACUAAUGUUGACAACUCGGUUAUACGAAGUAGCUUUUCGUGUGAGUGUGGAUGGACAUGUUCAUCUGAUGUGGACUUUAAGCAGAUCUAACUCUUUGAAGUUAUUUCAGAAGUUCUUGGGGGACCACCUUGACGGUAAGUUUCUCUUCCACAAUAUUCAUCCAAAUCUGAGUUCCGUUAUGUUCACCAUCUUCCGCAACUACUUUGUUCCAUUUUUUGUUGGACCAGGGUUAUCUUCCUUAUCCUCCAUUCUAGGCUUUUCUUGA